AUGUAUUCUUUCUUCCACUGUUUUUCACUUCCUUAUAAACUUUUUCCACUGUCAAAUUCCUACUUUCUACUUAGCUCUUCUUUGUAUUCUUUCAUCCAAAAUCAAAUCCAUCUUUCCUAUUUAGUGUUUAAUGUUUCUUUUCUUGUAUUUUCUUUCUUCCACUGUUUUUUUCCUUAUAAUCUUUUCCACUCUCAAAUUACUUUCUACUUAUCUUCUUUGUAUUCUUUCAUCCAAAAUCAAAUCCAUCUUUCUUAUUUCCAAAUGUUUAAUGUAUUCUUUCUUCCACUUUUUUCCACUGUGUUCCAUGUAUUCUUUCUUCCACUGUCUUUUCACUUCCUUAUAAACUUUUCCACUGUCAAAUUCCUUACUUUCUACUUAGCUCUUCUUUGUAUUCUUUCAUCCAAAAUCAAAGCCAUCUUUCUUAUUGAGGUGUUCCAUGUAUUCUUUCUUCCACUGUCUUUUCACUUCCUUAUAAACUUUUCCACUGUCAAAUUCCCUACUUUCUACUUAGCUCUUCUUUGUAUUCUUUCAUCCAAAAAAAUCCAUCUUUCCUAUUUUUUCAGUGUGUUUAAUGUAUUCUUUCUUCCACUCUCUUCUUUGUAUUCUUUCAUCCAAAGUCAAAUCCAUCUUUUUUAUUUAGGUGUUUUAAUGUAUUCUUUCUUCCACUGUAUUUUCACUUCCUUAAAACUUUUUCCACUGUCAAAUCCCUGUUUACUACUUAGCUCUUUUUUGUAUUCUUUCAUCCAAAAUCAAAGCCAUCUUUCUUAUUUAGGUGUUCCAUGUAUUCUUUCUUCCACUGUGUUCCAUGUAUUCUUUCUUCCACUGUCUUUUCACUUCCUUAUAAUCUUUCCGCACUCUCUAAUCCCUACUUUCUACUUAUCCAUUAUUGUAUUCUUUCAUCCAAAAUCAAAGCCAUCUUUCUUAUUUAGGUGUUCCAUGUAUUCUUUCUUCCACUGUGUUCCAUGUAUUCUUUCUUCCACUGUCUUUUCACUUCCUUAUAAACUUUUUCCUGUCAAAUUCCUACUUUCUACUUAUCUCUUCUUUGUAUUCUUUCAUCCAAAACAGAAAUCCAUCUUUCCUAUUUACAUUCUUCCACUGUAUUUUCUUCCUUAUAAACUUUUUCCACUGUCAAAUUCAAACUUUUGGUUAGCUCUUCUUUUGUUCUUUCAUCCAAAAUCAAAUUUCUUUCCAUUUAGGUCAAAUGUAUUCUUUUCUUCCACUCUCUUCUUUGUAUUCUUUCAUCCAAAAUCAAAUCCAUCUUUCCUAUUUAAUGUUUUUUGUAUUCUUUCUUCCACUGUAUUUUCACUUCCUUAUAAACUUUUUCCACUGUCAAAUUCAUACUUUCUACUUAGCUCUUCUUUGUAUUCUUUCAUCCAAAAUCAAAUCCAUCUUUCUAUAUUUUGGUGUUUAAUGUAUUCUUUCUUCCACUCUCUUCUUUGUAUUCUUUCAUCCAAAAUCAAAUCCAUCUUUCCUAUUUGGUGUUUUAAUGUAUUCUUUCUUCCACUGUAUUUUCACUUCCUUAUAAACUUUUUCCACUGUCAAAUUCCUACUUUCUACUUAGCUCUUCUUUGUAUUCUUUCAUCCAAAGUCAAAAACCAUCUUUUCUUUUUCCACUUAUUUUCACUUCCUUAUAAACUUUUUCAGGUGUUUUCUAGGAUAUUUCUUCUUUCUUCCACUCAUCCAAAUAUUUUCACUUCCUUAAUAAAUUCUUUUUCCACUGUCAAAUUCCUUUUUCCACUUCAAAUUCAUAAAGCUCUUCUUUGUUUUAAUGUAUUCUUUCUUCCACUGUAUUUUCACUUCCUUAUAAACUUUUUCACUGUCAAAUUCCCUUUCUUCUUUGUAUUCUUUCAUCCAAAUCUACAUCUUUCCUAUUUUCUUCUUUCUCCAACGUUUUUUAUUCUUUUUCCAUCAAAUUCAAAAUUCUUUCAAAAUCCAUCUUUCCUAUUUAGCUCUUCUUUGUAUUCUUUUUCAUCCAAAUUCAAAUCCAUCUUUCUUUUGUGUUUAUUCUUUCUUCCACUGUCCUUCCUUAUAAAAUUUUUCAAAAUUCCAUCUUUCUUUGUCGGUCUUGUAUUCUUUCAUCCAAAUGUCAAAUAUUUUCCUGGACUUUUUAAUGUAUUCUUUCUUCCACUGUAUUUUCACUUCCUUAUAAACUUUUUCCACUGUCAAAUUCCUUACUUUCUGUGGCUCUUCUUUUGA